GAAAGUUCAUGAGCUCUCACGAAAGAGAGGAGUUUCGGAUCAUUUUAUCUAUGUCUAUUGUUGAUCUUUAAAGGAAAGCAAUAAUUGUGGGUGUAGAAAUGCCUGAUAUAGAAUCCGAUGACCAAGAUUGGUUCAAUAAAGAUGAAGAAGAGAUUUUGCAGAGCUUGCAAUGCAAGGUUAAUAAUGAGCAUACACAAACUAAUAUAGAAUAUAUACAUGGCCCAUCAGAAACAGACGAAUACCUUCAGCAAAAACUAUUGGAAGCUGCAUCACACCUUUGCAAAGGAGCUGUUAAAAAAAAGAUGUCCACAUCAGAUAUGCGUAAAGCAAUUAAUCUGGAACCAUUGGACGCCUUCCUAUUUAUUAAAACAAACGAAAAUAAUUUUUUUGUUGAUCAAAUUUCGAAUAGUGAUGGACUGGAGCGAGUUAUUUUAUACUUGCGUAUUUGGUCUAAAUUAUGUGAACUAGAGCUUCCUGGAUUUCAAAAAGAGCUUCUACAGCAUUUUGUGAAUAAGGACAUAUUUUUAGAACAGUUACGUGUUUUAAGUGAUAAACUUUUUCGAAAAAAAUUUAAGGCGGUAUGGAAUAAUUCUGAAGAAGUAGACGAGAUCCUAAAUGCAAUGCGAUUCCUAAUAGUUCGUUUGCAUAAAUGCCAACUAAUAUCAACAAAAAUAUCGCAUGUAAUAGAGCAUAUAAAGAAACUCAUUGAAGAUAGCGAUAAUCCAGACAUGGUUCAACGACAACUGUGCCAGCAGCUAAAAAUUGAACUGGAUAGAGUGUUAAAAGAAAAAUGUAAUCAGCUAUACGAAAAGACUAACAUGUAUCCCACACUUAAUGAACUCUUUGAAGAAAUCAACGGGGAAGACUACAAUCAAAUCAUUAACACUUUAAAAGUUACUGAAAAAUUGGAAGUGUCAGAGUAUAUUGCAAAGCAGAAACGCAUUAUUCGUGAAGAUUUUUUGAUUCCUCUACGAGAUUAUGUAUGCAAAUUAAAAAAAUACGGAGCAGUACCAUAUGGGCCAGAGAUAUUUAAGGACGUUUGCAUUGUUCUUAAUGCAGAUUUCAUCAUUGCUAAACGCCAUGAAAUGCUUUUCGUUGAUGUGUUCGGCAAACAGCGCUCAAGGGAGGACAAUAAAGUGAAAUUGUUGGGUAAAACUACGAUAAAACUAUCUAGUCUUAAAUCUGGCUCCUUACUUUUGUUGACAACAAAUAGCAGCUUUGAAAAUCUCAUCUUGGCAACGGUUACUUACACCGAGGAAAAACUACUACGUUUGGGAUACAUAGGUGUGGAAAUUGUGCAGCAAUAUAAUAUUGGAACUGUUUAUGACCGACCUUUGCUGAUGUUCGAAACACCAGCCUUCUACGAACCUUAUAACAACGUAUAUACUUAUUUGAAUACCUAUGGCGAGGAUAAGUUGCCUAUGAAGCAAUAUAUUAUUGAUGGUGAGAGCAAUGUAUCUCCACCUCGAUACCUAAAAACAAUCAAAUCGUAUUCUUAUGAUGGAGACAACGAAGUCAACAAGCCAAAAAGUCUUCCACUAAAUAAUUCACAGUGGAAUGCAUAUUGUGAAGCGUUAACACACGAAUUUUGUCUAAUACAGGGUCCACCAGGAACUGGUAAAACCCAUCUUGCGGUACAUUUGGUGCGUACUCUUAUUGCGAACGUUAAAACACCCAUCGUGCUAAUUACUUACACGAACGAUUCGUUGGACAAGUUCUUAUUGAAGCUUUCCUCCUAUACCAGUAACAUUUUACGAUUCGGUAGCCAAACGCGCCUGCCCGAAAUUUCAAAAUUUAAUAUACAGUUAGAAUCCACCCAAAAAGAAGAGGUAAAUCCCCGUCUCAAGCGUCUCUACUACACUGUAAAUGAAGAAUUCAAGUCCAAGUUUCAAAUCUUGCAAAAAAUGCAUACGAAUUUCGAUGGCAGUGAAGAAUCCUACCAGGAUUUGUUAGCAGCACAGCUAGCUGUAAGCGAUGUAUCUGAAAAAUUAAAAACAAUACGCAUAAUGUUUCAAUUUUAUGCAUCACGAAAAGCUGAUAUCAUAGCAAUGACUUCAACUUUCGCUGCUAGAAAUAAUUUCCUAUUUCGUCUGCUACAAAGUAAAAUCGUGAUUUUCGAGGAAGCUUCGGAAAUUUUGGAAUCACACGUCCUGGCUUGCUUAACGCCAUAUACCGAACAUGUCAUCAUGAUUGGUGAUCACCUGCAGUUAAAGCCUUACACUUCAAACCAUCGCCAUAGCUGUACAUCUCAACUAAAUAUAUCGUUAUUCGAAAGGCUCUUCGUUAGCACAUUGAAAGGGUAUACGCUCAACGUGCAAUAUCGUAUGCGCCCUUGUAUUGCGGAUCUAAUUCAUUCCACCUUCUACACUGAGCUAAAUAACAAUGAUACAGUAAAUAGUUAUCCAAAAGUUCGAAACAUGCAGAAAGAUCUAUAUUUUUAUACACACAAUGAUACUGAAUUUUACUCGGAGGAUGAUUGUUCCCUCUAUAAUCUGUAUGAGGUGAAGAGAAUCUUAGAAUUGGCGAAAUUUUUAAUAGAAAAGGCUUCUUAUACAGCCAAUGAUAUUGUCAUUCUAAGCCCUUAUGCAAAGCAAGUGGAACGCUUGAAAUCCAAGGCACUUAAUUCCUUUGGAAGUAUCAAGUUGAAUAUUUCUACUGUGGAUAGCUUCCAGGGAUUAGAGGCUAACAUAGUACUUCUGUCGUUGGUGCGAAGCAAUUCCAAAGGACAAAUUGGAUUUCUCAAAGAGAAGAAUCGUAUUUGUGUGGCUCUUUCACGUGCCAAAUACGGUCUGUAUAUCAUUGGAAAUCUGCCAUUCCUAGCAAGCUGCAGUGAGUUGUGGCAGUCCAUCGAACAGAAAUUAAAGACACAGGACGCAAUUGGCAAUGCCUUUCCGAUAAUGAAUACAGAACAACCAUAAAAAUAGCGAUUGUUUAAGUUAAAAACGUUUAAUUUUGCACUGUUCAUCAUUUCGUGCUUGCACGCAUUAAUGUUAUAAAAUAAAAAACAAAUAUUUGACAUUUCGACUUGUGACUUUAUUUAUUUAUUUUAUUUUUGUUUUAUUUAUGUAAGUUCUUUUUUUAUUUAUAUUAAUUUUCUUGUUAUCAUUUAUUUAUGCUUCUUCUAUAACCACUUUUAAGCUACACUACAAUGAUAAAAUUUUACUGAAAUUAUGUUGGCUUUCCCUUUUAGUUCCGUUGUUUUGCUUUUAUGUAUGUAUGUAUGCAUUAAGUAAUUGAUACGAUGAGAUAAUGUUCUCGCAGUUUUAACUUUAUGAAUAUAUUUAUGUGUAUGCAAUAAGUUUAAUUAAAUUUUAAAGAAAAGCUGCACUCCAUAUGCAUGUAUAUAUUUCGUAGCUGACUGUGUGUAAAAUAUAUGGAUGUCGUCAACAGUUUGUGCAAUAAGGAGUCGCAUUAACAUAUAAUUAAGAGUGCAAUUAAUUUAAUUCAUAAUUCAUAUUAUGAUGAACAUAUAUAUUCGAUAUUCCAUAUUUUAAUGAACAUAUAUUUACCAUAUUUAAAGUUUUUUAUAUGAGAAAUUGUUAUUUUUUUUAACGAUUUAUGACAAAGAAUUUAAGCUGAUUGCAGAUUAUUUGGCAAAAGCUUAGUCCCUAUUGCACCAACUGUUCUUUACUGCGCCUGCGCUCUGGCUGUUCCCUUUUAUAUAAUUUACACACAUUCAAUCUCACACAUUUUGCUCUUAUCAAUUUUUGGGUUGCCUUUUUGGAUAUUUAAAAAUGAAUACCAUAUUUAAAAACUAAACUGUCCUUACAAGCUUUUGAAAAUUAUUUUUCGAAAUUAUCACUGUAUCCAUACAUAGAAAACGUGUGUAAUCGAUUGGAAUCACCGAUUUUUAUUAUUUUGAAGGCUUAAUUACAACAUUGCGUUUAUAUUUAAAUGAAUUUUUAAAAAUCGAAUCACCUCUAGCGGAUUGUUGUUCCAGUAGACGUUUUGGUGAGUAUUUUACACUAUUAAAAUAACAAUAAUUAGUUCAAUUUAUUUUGAUGUAAUUUCAUUGUUUGCUUUAUGAAUUUUGUACUGAUUUCUUGAUGUUUAUUUAUAUAUGCGCCAAUUAUUACAUUAUUUUUUAAAUAUUUGAAAAUACCUUGUCGAUCGAAGGUAAUAACGCAAAAUUUUCGCUCGGCGGUAAGCUGCUAUAGUCGUAAGAAAUUCAAUUGAAAAGGUAUUUUACUUUACCUUUAGUUAAAACAACCUAAGGAAAUUUUAAUUGUCUAUAGUGUUAAAUUUUUAUCCGAAAUACGGCAUAAUACAAUAAAUUAAUUGUGUUAUGUGUUCCGCAAAAAAUAUUCAAUUUUCGAAUACAUUCAAAUCGGAGCUCCAAUGAAAUACUGAGUUCCUACUUGUAGUAGAUGCAAAAGCUAUAAAUAGGGCUAACCAGUGGUAUCAUACUGAUGUAAAUAAUGGGAGUUAAACAAUGCUUUUGAUUGACGUUGUCUAGAUGUAGCUUAUUUGAUAAAUGCGCAUUUAUUAAUUUCUUUACAUUUAAUUGUCCAACUAAAUCGUUAAAUUUUUAUUAUUUUUUUCUAGCAUUUAUUUAUUUAUUUUUAAUUUUUGUGUUUUUCAUUUUCAAUCAACCACUCAUAAUCAUGUUCAUCAUACCAGUUACAUUACAUGUUUGUCUAUAUAAAAAUACAUUAUGUAUGUAUACUUUUCGGCGAAUAUGUUUUGUUAUAUUACUUCUUUGUUGUUUUAAUUGGUUUCUUAGUUGUUUUACAUGUUUUCUAUUUUCAUAAAAAUUUCUUAGCACUUUUAUUUGUAUGUGUUUUGCAUUCCGUGUAUAAAACCAAUAUUUUAUUGUUGCAUAUGUGUAUACUCGUAUGCAUGUACAUAUGUACGCUUUGCAAGCAUUCUCGAUAAGUUGAUUUAUAUUAUUGGUGUUAUUGCGGUUUAUUAAUUCACAAUUUUAAUUUUCAAAUGCAAAAAUACCUUUUGUGUUUAAUCUGGUAUCAUUGGUUGUUUAUUUUAUUUUCAUUAUUUUCCUUACCGUUUGCAUGUACAUACAUAUGUAAGUUUUUGUUAGAAUUGUUGCGUGUUGUUGGGUUGCUUACUAUUACAAAAGACUUUCAUCUUUUUUUUUAGGUAAUAAAUUGAAAUCAAAAUAUUAUUAUGUAGUUACAGAUUCGCAAUCAAAAGAAUGCUAAAUGGAAAAAUUGAAAAUUCCACUGCAAGCAUACGAAGAAGAAACUGAACUAGGAAGCUUUUGGAGAGGCGUUGCAUGCGCUUUUCACCGAUGUGUUUGCUUUUACAUUAGUUGGGAUACUCUGUGUUACAUAAAUAGUGUUGCGUAGCAAAUGGGGACCUUUACUCUUAAAUUAGGUUACAUUAAAAAGUAAAGAUAUACAGUAAAUUCUUAUUACAAAAUAAAGCAAUUUUACAUACAUA